AUGGAGUCUGAAAUCGAAUACCGCCAUCCCUGCUCGAUUGGAGGCCUCCUAAUUCGGCAUCAAGUAUCACAAAUCAAUAACGAUAGGAGUAAUAAUACUACUAUUUCUCCUUCUUCUUUACCCACUUUAGCCAUUCAGUUUCACCUUAACACUGAUGAACAAUUUUGGUAUAGACCAGCACCCCAUGAACCUGCACAAUUCCAAGGAGAGCGAAGCCAUAUCAAUUCACUUCGUGAUCUCACACUGCCCCCUUUUGUAUACAUGUCAUAUGACAUGUUCUACAGUGCCAUGCAAUCAAAUCUCAACAACUGGGGUGAGGAGUUUGAUAGGAAUUAUCGCCACGUCGUCAUCCGUGAUAUGAUAGGCAAAGUACGUGAAAUUGUUGAUGAUGAGUCUAACAAAGGUCGCCGUAUCUUGAAGGUGUUCGUUUCUUUAACUUUAGUCAUUGACCAUUAUUCUGAUGAGAGGAGUUUGUUGGAAGGAUUGUCACCGCGCUUCAACGGGACGGUACCUGCUCGUAAGUCAUCCAUCAUGGAGCUGCCAGAGAGAAUGGAGAUCGAUGAAGAUGAACGUAUAAAUGAUGACUGUGUCAUCUGUUUUGAAGAACUCGGGAAGGAGAGGAAGAUUUUGUGCAUGCCUUGCUCCCACAUGUUUCAUGGAGAAUGCAUUACGACCUGGUUGGAGAAGAGUCAUCGUUGCCCUAUUUGUCGCUAUGAGAUGCCAACUGCUCAUGUAUUAGACUCCUAG